AUGACUGGAACUGAAAAACAAAAACUUCUAAUUAUUGUAAAAAGCAAAAAUCCAAGGUGUUUCAAAGGCAUAAAAUCACUUGAAACAAAUUACGAUUUUAAUAAAAAAGCGUGGAUGACAUCAUUAAUUUUUGAAAAGUGGUUACUAGAUAUUGAUCAAAAAAUGAGUCAAGAAAAUCGAAAAAUAAUUUUAUUUGUGGAUAAUUGUACUGCUCAUCCUCGUACCUUAUCUACAAAGUUAAAAUCUGUAACGCUUGCAUAUUUUCCCCCAAAUACAACAAGUAAGCUCCAACCAAUGGACCAAGGAAUAAUAAAUAAUCUUAAAGUGUAUUAUCGAAAACGUAUUUUGAACAAAGUUAUUUCAAAUCUUGAACAGAGAACAACAAUUACUCUGCGAGAUUGUAUUUCUGAGGUAUCGAAAGCUUGGAGAAGUGAUGUAACGUCCGAAACCAUAAAAAAAUGUUUUUUCAAAGCUGGAUUUACAAAUGAAAAUGUUGAAACCGAUAUUGAAAUACCAGAUGUACAACGAGAAUGGGAGUUAGUUCACUGCGAUGGCGUUACUUUAAAAGAUUAUUUGAAAAUUGAUGAAGAUAUCGCCGUAUAUGAAUCACCUACUGAAGAAAGUAUUGUAGAAGAGGUUAGAAAAAAAGAAAAUCCUGAUGAAUUUGAAGAAGAAGACGACGAAGAGGAACAUGCAGUAGAACAAUCCAAACUCACAGAAGAAGACAUAUUAAACGCUUUAUCGGUGGUUCAACGCUAA